AUGAAGGGCAAUAAGCCGUUCAUACCCGAGAAGUCUAUUGUUGACUGGCUGCUACAAGUGGCCCUGGCGCUAGAGCACAUGCACUACCACAACAUGUUACACCGAGGUGUCACGCAGGCAGAGAACGUUCUCCUUUGCACCCUUUGCGAGCAGCUGAGAUCUUCCCCAUCGUUUAACGCCAACUCCUGCCCUUCCCGCCUCGCCACACCCCCCCCUGGUGGCAGCAGGCAGAGAACGUUCUCCUUUGCACCCCGUGCGACAGCAACCCCCGCGCGUGUGCGGCUGGGGGAUGGGCGUGGCCGCUGA